AUGAGCAUUGAUAAUAACUUUAUUAUUUCAGUUUUGCACAGACUAGACCGUACCACUUCUGGAGUACUAUUGUUUGCUAAGAAUCAAGAAGCCGAUCGAUUUGUAAGUUAAUAUUUGAAACUUAAGCUUAAAUAAAAAGUAAAAGUUCGAAUACGAUGUGAUAUGAUAGGGUACUGUAGUAUUUAAUAGUAGUGUAGUGUAAGGUAUAGUAAAGUAGGGUGGGUAGAGCAGGGUAAAUUAGAGUAGGUUAAGAUAAGAUAGGAUAGGGUCGGCUAGGGUAGGGUAAGGUCGGGUAGGGUAGGGUAGGGUGGGUAGGGCAGAAUCGGUAGGGUGGGGUAUCAGUGCACUAUAGUGACAGGCAGACCAGGGUAGUAGGGUAAGUUGUUAGGGUUGAGUAGAGUAGCAGGGUGGUAGGAUGGUUUAUUAUAGGGUAAGGUAGGUCAGGAUGGGGGCAUGGACCAGGGUAAAAAGCAAAAAUUUAUAAAAUUUUUCAAAAAAUUGAAAAAAAAAAUUUAAAAUUUGACGUAAGUGUUUCCAAAAUUUUUUUGAAAUUUUACACGAUACAUCUGUUUUAUACACCAAGUCAUGUGUAAUAUUAUUUACAUACUCAAGGGGCGAACAAACGAGUAAAUAAGAAAAUAAACAACCCAAGUGUCUAAUGCAAGUAGGGCUAAUAAAAAUGAUGACUUUGCGAAAAAAUAAUGGAUUGGAGUGAACUUUUGAACUUUUUGAAAUUUUGAAAAAUAAAAAAAAUUUUUUAAAUUUUUUUGUAAGUUUAAAAAAUGGGCAGAGACGGACUAAAAAUUUAAAAAACCUUAAAAUGGAAGUAAAAUUCAUAAAUGCCUUUCACUGCUUUUUAACGUCAUAUUCGAGGACACAUGAAAUACAAUAUUUUCGAAAUUUUAGCAUUUUGAUUAAAAUUCUUUUUGUUUUUCGAACACUUCUUUCGAUCAUAAUAACAAAAUAUAAUCUUUUGCCUACACUAGGGUAGAUUUUUUUUGGAAUUUUAAAAACUUCUCGGAACGAAAUUUGCAUAAACUACAAUUUUUUGGACUGAAAACUGUAGUUUUGCUUACAGGACUUGGAGAUAGACCUGGUUUCUAUUUUAAAUUACCUUACCCUACCCCGCCCAACCCAGUCCUAUCCUGCCCUACCCUACCCUACCCUACCUUACCCUACCCUACCCUACCCUACUUUACCCUACCCUACCCUACCCUACCCUACCCUACCCUAUCCUAUCCUACCCUACCCUACCCCACCCUACCUUACCCUACAUUAUCCUACCCUAUCUAACCCAAUCCUACACUGCUCUACCUUACCUUAUCUCUAGGCCGGGCUGAAAAAGAUUUAAAAUGGGCCGGACAGGAUUGAAAGCUAUGUCUACUUGCCAAGUGUUUUUUUCUGUGACAGGGAGGAGGGUAUACAAAUUUUGAGGCAAGGUAGGGUUUUUUAUUUUUUAAACUUAUUUUUUUGAAAUUUGUAUUUAUAGUACACGGAGAUGAUCAAGUCGAGAAAUGUCAACAAAGAAUAUGUUUGUCGAGUUGAUGGACAAUUCCCAACGUGAGUUUACAUUUUUUAUUAAUUUAGGGGGGAGGAGGUGGAGCUCAGUUUAUAGUAGUGAUAAGGGUAUGGUUGAAUCAAUUAGGGUUAUAGAGAGGGGCGCGGUUUAAUUGUACUUAGAAAGCUUAAAUUUUGGCUUUAUUGCUUUUAAUAAGCCUAAGCCUACUAAGGCUAAGCCUAAGUUUCACUACUAAGCUGAAAUUUACUACCCUAAUAGUUAGCUUAAGCUUACUAGGCUUAUGUAUAUUUAAGUCAAGGUUUACAAAGUUCAAGGCUACUACUUUUCAAAUUUUAAGUUUGAACAUACUCAACUGUACUAUUUUGUAACUACUAACUGUAGCCUUGCAAUCACUAAUAGUUCAAAGCAUUUCAUCAGUGCACUGCACCCGAAACCGCAAACAAUGUUUUUCUAGAGAUUCGUUAUCGAUCGCUUUUCCGAUAAUUUGUUUCAUUUCGUUUUUAUUUAUUUUUUAUUUUUUCGGUCGGUUUUUUCGCUUGGAAGCUUGAUUUUGAGACUUUUUGUGCUAUAUUGUCUAAUAAAUAGCUAAAACUUGAUGUUAUGGCAACAUUGAUCAACUUAUUUUUGAGUUAAAAGAGUUAAUUCUGCGAUUUUAACCAUAAAAUAUUUUGUUACUUGUUGUUUGUUACAGAAAAACUUUAAUCGACCGUUCGGGUGCAGUGCAGUGUAAUAACUUACAUAAUAAGUGCGAUAUUACCUAAUAUUAUAAUAUAAUAACAUAGCCUUAGAGAAAUUGCGAGAAAUGGUGUGACGCAACAUUUUCUUAUGUAACAUUGUGGUUUUAUAUAACAUUUGCCUCGGUGUAAAACGACCCAACAAAUUACUGCGAGUGGUGGGAUUUUAUUCUGUUUUUCUUCGAGGGUUUUCUGCAAUGAAAGGCAAGGUGGGGUAGAGCAAUUUAAGGCAGGGCUGUCAGUUUAGGGCAGAGAAGGUAGUGUAGGGUAGAGUAGGGCAAGGUAGGGUAGGGUAGGGCAGGGUAAUAUAGGGUAGGGUAGGUUAGGGUACGGUACGGUAGGAUAAAGUAGGGCAGGGUAUAAAAACUUUAUGAACUUAUUCUGUUUUUCAACCAGUACUAAUACUGACAUUUACAGAAGCUCAAUAGUAUGUGAUCAGCCAAUAGGCACUCUAGUUGUAUCAAUGGGUAUCCAAUGCAUACGACCAGACGGAAAGUCAGCCAAAUCCACCUUCAGAAGAAUAUGGUACGAUCAGACAACUAACCAGUCGGUUGUGCUGGUUAAGAUUGAAACAGGACGAACACAUCAAAUUAGGGUACACCUACAGUUUCUGGGGUACCCGAUUGUUGACGAUCUACUGUACAAUUGUUUUGUUUGGGGACCUGAAAAAGGGAAAAAUGCUGAAUAUGGCAAGGAUUAUGAGCAGGUGGGGUAGAUAUUAUUGAGUUUUUGAAGUUUUUAAAAAUUUUUUGAAAUUAAAAAAUAUUUUAAAUUUAAAAAAUUUUGAAAUUUAAAAAUAUUUUUGAAAAUUUUGAUUUUUUUCAACUUUUGAAAACUUUAGCAUACAUAGGUUUAUAUUAGGAAGAAAGUGACAAUUUAAUGUUAAUAUUGCUUUAGCUAGGCAUUGACGUUCGAGAAAGACACAAAGCAACGUUAUGGCAAGAAGAAAUUGAUCCAGAUUACGACGAACGGAUUCUGAAGGCUGCUCAGGAUCCGGAUGUAAGCUUUGUUUUACUAUAACAAUUGUUUUCAUCACUCUGUUUUAAAAAAAUUAAGAAUUUUUUAAUUUUUGGAAAAAAAUUGAGAUUGGUCCCUGUGGAUUUAAAAAACUUUUUUUUUGAAAAUUUUUAAUUUAAAAAAAAAAUUAUUUUUGGUUUUCAUACUUAACUAGUCCAUAUCUAACUAUUUAUAUAAAUUUUUUACUGUUUUGAGCUAAUUCAAAAUUUAAAAAAAAAGAGAAAAAGUCGAACUUGGUUCCCCUGUUGAUUUUUUCAGAAAAAAAAACUUUUUUGAAAACUUUUUAAUUCUGUGUGGGUUUCUAGACCAGCGUAGGCUAUAUUUUACUAUUUAUCUUCUUUUUAUUACUUUUUUAGGUUUAAAGUUUAAACUUUUUUAAAAAUUUUUGGAGAAAAAGUUGAGCUUGGUCUCCCCCCCCUGUGGAUUUUUUUUGAAAAGUUUUUAAAAAUUUUUUUAAAAUCAAAAAUUUGUGUGUUUUUAACUUUAAUUUCUUUAGUUUUUUAAGAAUUUAUAUUUAUUAGUCUUCAUUACAUUCGUAUUUUACAUUUCAGGUAAUAAACCUAGAGCCCUGGGACACUCAAACACUGGACGAGGGUCCAGACUAUGAUCCUUUAUGUAUGAGUUGUAAUGUGGUCAAGAAAACUCCCACUUUAGCCCACUUUCGAAUGCCAUUACAUUGUUGGAGGUACGAGACGGAAAAGUUUACAUACAAAGCACCACUACCGGAUUGGGCAUGGCCACCAACUGAAGGGGUGGUGGCGGAUUUGGAUCCAGAAGGUUUGUACGAUGAUGCUGAGAAGAUGAGGAAUAGUGGACAAUUAGAGGUGGUUGAGAAGAGAACUGGUGCUGUUGGAGUGCUAGGUGGAGGAAAUGGUGGAGUUGGGGUACCAGAUGGCACCAUUAGUCAAGAUGUGGUACUAGAGAGCAAAAGUGGUGCAGUUAGUGUAUCAGACAGCACUAUUAGUCAAGAUGUGGUACUAGAGAGCAAAAAUGAAGAAACUAGAGUACCAGAUAGAACAAUUGGACAAGAAAAGGUACCAGAACACUUAAAUGAACCUGUUUUGGAAUCAGCUGGGACUAGGCUUCAAGAAGGUGAUAUUAAAGUACCAGAAGAAAAAAGCGACCAAAUUGGUGCACUAGAAGCUCUAACUACUCAAGAAAUGACAGUAGAUGAUAGUACUAAAUCUAAACUUUCUGGUACACUUGGUACAGAAGCCGGAAUCUAG